AUGACUACGUCUUCUCCGAGAACGGCCUGGGUCGCGCACAAGGACGGCAAGCUCAUCGGGACGCAAAGCUUGAAAACGUAUCUUGGAGAUGACCAGCUUAAGGAAUUCAUUAACUACACUCUUCAUUACAUUGCGGAUUUGGAUAUCCCAAUUAAAAGAGGCACAUUCAUAGAAUUCAGGAGUGGAAUGAUCAAUGUAUCGCCUAUAGGGAGGAACUGUAGUCAAGAAGAACGUGAUGAUUUUGAGAAGUAUGAUAAGGUACAUAAUGUUCAGCCUACAAUGGUGUCAGUGCUUCGUGAAAAGUUUGCGCACCUGAACCUGACCUUUUCUAUUGGAGGGCAGAUCAGUUUUGAUGUAUUCCCACAAGGCUGGGACAAAACCUACUGCUUGAGAUAUCUCAACGAAUUCAAAGAAAUUCAUUUCUUUGGGGACAAAACCUACAAGUUACCAGCCCCGACGACACGGUGCAGCAGUGCAGAUCUAUCUUCCUGUCAAAGUGAUCACCAGACUAUCGUCCAAAAUAAAUUUGUGUUCUCCACACCCCCUCGAAUGCUCACUCUUUUGGAAUAA